AUGGGGUUGCCGGCGCAUUUGCAGAAGCUGCAGAAGCGCCGUGAGGACCUUGAGAGUUGCCUGGAGGCGCUGGACCUGCGGGUGUACGAUUUGGAGACGGCGUACCUGCGGCAGUACGUGGAGCUGGGCGGCUGCCUAUUUGAUGGCUUUGGCCUGGAGCGCCAGCAGCAGUGGGGUGGUGUCACUGCCGCUGCGGCGGCGGGCAGCAAGGCGGCAGCCUACCGUGCGCGGCUGCACUCGUUUUCGCCGAGUGAUCGCGUGUUUACGGCCUCGUCGGUGGGGGCGCUUGCCGUGGUAGAGCGCCUCAAGACGCUUGAGGCAACUGGGGAGCGGGGGCGGGGCGGACGACGCAAACGCCAACGUACAGAGGGCUGA